AUGGUCAAAAGCAACAGUCAAAACAAGGAACAGAUGAUAACCGCUACUAGUCCUGGGAAAAGGGAGGCGUCUCCUGGUGCUCAGAAUGGACCAAAGCCAAAGCAACCUCACAGCACUUUGCCUCUGUCUACAGCAAGAAUGAUGCAUUGCAUCCAGUGUCCACAGGUUCUAAUGCAAUUACAGUUGGGGAAGAAGUUGGGAGUACCCACAGCAUGGACGAUUCUCACCAAAAGUCAAGACAUAGGGACCACUCCCCUGAAAAAGAAUCCGACGGAGGAGUGGCAAAGCACGAGAAGGCAAGCAUCCAAUGCAGGAAAGGGAAACCAGCUCUCAACUACCAAUGCUAAUCCAUAUCAGGCAAUUGUAUCUGCUCUGAUUCCCUUGGGACGCGUUAAGGACUACAUAAAGUCCAAGGAGAUCCCUGAUAGAGUCCCAACUGUUGAUGUGGCUGCACUCUACAGAAACAAUCUCCCCGUGAUUCACUUCUUCAUCGUUGGCUCUGUAGUUUACAGCGAUCUCUUUGGUCUUUCGACUUCAAAGCAGAUCUGCAUUCAACCUCUUCACUUCCUUUGGCCACGGGCAGCAGCGGCAAUUGGUCGUAUCUUUGGCGUGGGUCCUAACAAAGUUUUGAUGAACAACGGGUUCAAGGGUGGAUUAUCCUUUACUUCGUGGCUUAAGAGUGGAGAUAGUAUGCCUGUAUUUGACUGCCAAGCACCCUUCAAGCUCUCCAUAUAUAACACAUGUCCUUUAAACAAGGUUGAUCCAGAGAACGGUAGUAUUGUCCUCAUUAUUUUUACUCUUGGUCAUUAUAAAGAAAUCCUCCAACAGAAUCUGACUGGGAGAAACCCUGAAAAGCCCUUGCCAAUGUAUCUAUCCACGCUAGAUGCUGUUGGUGUUUCCGGAGACGAUGAUAACAAGAAUGCCUUUGUGGGUAAUGCCAGCAUGGAGGAUGACUCUGAAGAAAAUGUAUACUAG